CACUGUCCCUAUAGAAUUCGUCCGUUCAUUCAUAUACAAACGGACAAGAACGAUCGCCCUCCUCGAGUCAACCGGCGCCGUCGCUCGCUGCUCGGCUGUGUGUCGCCGGUUUCCGUCCCCGCGGCCGCGACCCAGAGAAGGGAUCGCCGUGAUCCAUGGCCGGGAGCGAGAGCAACGUGGGGAGCUGCGGGGCGGAGGAGGAGCGGCAGCGGCUGCUCCUGAACGACCACAGGGAGGCCCACUUCACGGCCGGCGAGAUCGUCCGCGACAUCAUCAUCGGCGUCUCCGACGGCCUCACCGUCCCCUUCGCCCUCGCCGCCGGCCUCUCCGGCGCCAACGCCCCCUCGUCCAUCGUCCUCACCGCCGGCAUUGCCGAAGUCGCCGCCGGCGCCAUCUCCAUGGGUCUCGGCGGGUAUCUUGCAGCUAAGAGCGAGGCGGAUAACUAUGCGAGGGAGUUGAAGAGAGAAGAAGAAGAGAUCAUCAGAGUUCCAGAUACAGAGGCUGCAGAGGUAGCUGAGAUACUUGCACAGUAUGGUAUAGAGCCACAUGAAUAUGGUCCAGUGGUCAAUGCUCUCAGGAAGAGGCCCCAGGCAUGGCUCGAUUUCAUGAUGAAGUUUGAACUUGGACUCGAGAAGCCAGAUCCUAAGAGAGCGCUUCAAAGUGCGUUCACGAUUGCCAUUGCCUACGUCUUGGGUGGGCUCGUUCCUCUCAUUCCCUACAUGUUCAUUCCAGUAGCAAGAAAAGCAGUGGUAGCAUCCGUCAUCUUGACACUGAUGGCCUUGCUGAUCUUCGGGUAUGCCAAGGGCUACUUCACCGGCAAUAAACCCUUCAAAAGUGCAUUGCAAACGGCUUUGAUCGGCGCCAUUGCUUCGGCGGCUGCUUUUGGCAUGGCGAAAGCCGUUCAAUUCUAGGUCGGUGUUGCUGCAAUAAAACUAGCUGUAGGUGGAGAGGUUGUCUACUUAGUACUGUGUUAAGUUAGGAGGAUGACUGUUGAAUGUUUCCCUUUGAAGUUCUCGAGCGCAGAUUCUUGCUGUUUCCAUUCUGUUGAGCUCUGGGUGGUUUGAUCAGUGCCCUCAAUAGAGAUGUCUCUGUAAUUGAAAGGUUCAAUCUAGCGUUGAGUGAGAGGCUUGAACAUACGAGAGAUAUCUCUAUUUCAAGUCUUUUUCACUUACUUGCCGAGCCUCUCGUGGCUAGGCAACACUACAGGCCAUACUGCUAAUAUCCAAAGAAAGAACUCGUCCUGCAGGGGCCAAGAUCAAACCUUCCCAGACUAUGAAGAAGAUGGAACUGCAGCUCUCUGUGUAUUGUGUUAGAUCCUUACAUUACUUCCAAACGAUAUACAGAGGACGAAUUGGCUUUUGUUCUUGCUUUCUAAGAUUUUGAAGUUUGAAGUGAUCUUAUUUGCCUUUUCACAA